AUGGCCACGCACUUUCUUGAGGAUCCGCGACUCCGCCAACGCUGGAACCAGAUCUCGCACAACGCCGGAGAGGUGACGGAAAAUGCUGCCGCCGGCAUUUGGAGUUUUCAGCACCACUACAUCAAUCCCUGCCUUGCCUCUCUUGUCAGCUCGAUCGAAGAAUGCGCCAAUCCCUGCCUAGGCGAUCGAGAGGAGCGCGCGAGACGGAGACGAGAGCGCGAGCGCGCUGGAGGCCGGGCGGAAUACAGCUUCGACUUUUACGAUGACUGGUACGCCGAGGAUCAGGACGGCGGAUUUCUGGGUGGCUGGGGCAACGAUGACUGGGACCGUCUACUCGCGGGCACCGGCACCCAACGAAAGCAUGCGGGCGGCGAGGUUCAGGAACAACCCAAGAGAAAGCGGGGGAUGAGCUAUGGUACUCGAGGCCGAGGAACUAAAGUGUCGGAAUCCGAUCCGACCAUCAUACCUAGCACACAACCCAUAGGCUUCCUGGGCAAGCUGCCAUGGAAGUUGGGGAAGACGCUUCGUUACAAGCCCAGCGCGGCUGACCUACAGGACCACCCCCGACAGCAUGAUGAGAUGGGCAUGGGUGAGGCCGAGCCUCUUCUCGGAAACGACUCGGACGACGACAUCUAUCAAAGUCGCUUCGCCAAAACUAGGAGUCGAAGCGGGACGACAGGAUCGGGGAAUACGUCCGACUCGUAUCGAUCUCGGGGCGACUUGUUCCCUAGCGAUGGCGAGGGCGACGAGGACGCUGUGCCGCUGGACGACGAGUUCAUGGUCUUGGAUAAAGUCCGAGAUGACCGGAGCAGCAGCAGGACAAAAGCCAGCAAGGGAAAACGCCGAGCGGACGGCCGGGCGAUGUCCCGCACGGUAUCGAGGGCCACUAUAGAUUCCAGUCAUUCGUUAUACGGCCCGGGCCCUCGGAGAAGCUCGAUAAGCAUACCUAACACCCCUGACACACCAUAUGCACCCUCGAUGGAGGAGCUGCAGCUGGAGGAAGAGCGGAUCCAGCGGGAAGAGGACGAGGACGUGGAACGCAAGCGGCGGGCUGCAUCACAGCUUGCAUCGGAACGCGGCCUGCACGACUCCGGGUCCGAAGUCUACUCCGUCGACGAGAUCUCGGACGCGGAAUUUGUCGAGGCGGAACAUGCGUCAGAGCCUCCGAGUCAGGAGACGCCGCCACCCGAUUCAACGGCGGAAACAACAAACAGAUGCGAAGCGCCGGUGAUCCGGUCGACGGCGCAAGAGGGACAGUUUAUACAGACCGAGGAAUUCGUUCCCGCACGGUUACCGAGCUUCAGAUAG